AUGUGCGAUCAUUCCCAAAACCAAAACGGAGAACAAGACGAACAGGAAAAGUGUGCUGCCAGACAGCGUAUGAAACCACCACCACGGGAAGACUCCCCUCCACGACCUAAAUGGGAAUUCCGACCAUCAUUCAGAAUCACCGAAGCACCUCCUGCGUCUGAGGAUCGCAACCCCUUUUGCCCGACAAUAGACCCGGAGUGUUUCCACAUGAUGAUAUUCAACAUCGUUUUCAGAGGCGUUCUUACCUCCCUGGCGUGCUUCAUCGAGAAUCACAUCGUUUACCGUCGACACAUCGUUAUAAAGAUUGGGCGCCAAAUACAGCACCGCCUAAAGAUUCCUGAAUGCCUGCGUGUCGUCACUGCCGAGGACCCUGGCCUUACGGAUGUGGAUAUUCGGAUAAGCACCUUUAUGUUGUGCUGUUCGUUCUUCCUCGCGGCCCUUGCGUUUUGCCUCGUGAUGCUGGGAGGUUCGUUGUCGGAUAAUUGGAUAUUCUGUAUUGCCGUUGUUAAUCCCUGCUGCGUUUGUGCUCUCGUAUGGUUACGUCUUAUUCUUGGAAAGAGGAGACGGCUGAGUAGGACGAAUACGUAUGAGGAGCUUGAGAGCGAGGGAGACCCUGGGUUUGAGGCUUUUGUCAAGGAUCUCUGGUCAUGGCCUUGCUAG